AAAGGUAAGCUCUCUAUUCACUUUUGGCUUGCACUGACGUACGACGCGGGCGGGCGCGCAUCGACGGCGGAGUCGCAUCGAGGGAGGGAAGGUUGCACGAAGGCGCCCUCCCCGAAUCUUCUGCGCUCACGUACACGGAUAAUCGACCGCGCCUGCUCGGGUCGGCGGCAGUGCGGGGCUGCUGCUCGGGUCGGGAGGUGGGGAUGGGUAUAAGAGCCAGGGCGAGGGGAAAGCGAUGGUCAGGUUCUUAUCCUUCCCUUCCCUCCUCCUACCUCCUCCUACUCGUCCUAUCCCUCCUUUCGCUACUACUUCACCUUCGCUCAACACUCGUUCAGUUAUCCUACGUCCUGGUCGAGGGGGUCUUUGGAUUCCGUCUCGUCCUUACUAUCCGUUUAUCUACCCAAUUACUGUCUCCUAUACACCUACCCUAGUCUGGUUCUCUGAAUGCAAUCUCGUUUCUAUGCUAUUUCAUCGCGCUUUGAGGCCCAGUGGGCUGUACUUCGAGGUCCAGUGA